UCGCAAACCACGUCAGUCUUUUCUCUCAAACUCGCGCGAGGACACGGUGCAGAAACCUCGCGCUCGAAACAAGGUCAAGAACUCCCUCUCAAAGUCGGAAAGAGUCGUUCUGUAACUGAAAAAGUGGAAGAAAUGGCCGAAGAAAAGGAAUCCACGUCCAUUCCUCUGAGUCUAGCUGAAAAUGGUGGCGAGGAUCCAACCAAGUCUCCCCCUAGCUCCCCCAACAACUCCUCCACUCGCAAGGCUUGCUGUUUUGUUCUUCAGAGUUGGGUCUCGAAGAAGUUUAUGACUGGAUGUGUAGUUCUUUUCCCGGUUGCAGUUACAUUUUUUGUUACAUGGUGGUUUAUUCAAUUUGUUGAUGGUUUCUUCAGUCCAGUAUAUGCCCAGCUUGGCAUUGACAUAUUCGGGCUUGGGUUUAUCACAUCUUUACUUUUUGUAUUAUUUGUUGGUGUUUUUGUUUCAUCCUGGAUUGGUAGCACUCUUUUCUCACUCGGAGAAUGGUUCAUAAAGCGAAUGCCUUUCAUCCGACAUUUAUACUCGGCCUCCAAACAAAUUAGUGCUGCAAUUUCUCCAGACCAAAAUACCACAGCUUUUAAAGAGGUAGCAAUUAUUCGUCACCCCCGUGUUGGUGAAUAUGCCUUUGGUUUCAUCACAUCAAGUGUCACCCUUCAGGGAGAUAAUGAAGACGAAGAGUUAUGUAGUGUUUUUGUCCCAACAAACCAUCUCUACAUUGGUGAUAUAUUGCUAGUAAACUCCAAAGAGAUCAUUAGACCAAAUCUUUCUAUCCGAGAAGGCAUAGAGAUAAUUGUUUCUGGGGGUAUGACAAUGCCGCAAACAAUUUCAGCUUUGGAAAUGGUUACUCGGCAGAAUGAUAGAAUCCCUUUGAACAGAAUAGCCUAGUGAGAUCAAAGAAGGGCAUGCCUGGAAACAUUGUAAUUACUCAUAUCCCAGAACUAUAUUCGAGCGUAAGAGUCUUGUUUGAUGAUAGGAAUGCUGAGAUUAUGUGGGUUCAUUCAUAAUUUCAUAUCAGUAGGGUUCAGGAUAAAUCUUUACCAUGUAUGCUUUAUGUUUUUAGUAGCAGAAUUUAUAUAUGGUGGUAAAAAUUAAUUUUUGGUGUCUGGAGGGAAUGGGGUCGGGGCAGCUGCUGCUCAUCUUCUUUGGUAUAUUUGUAUAACAAUGAUUGUAUUGGCUCUUCUGUCA